AUGCCACAGAUUGGAAUAGAGACUGAAAUUGCGCAACAUAUCGAUUCGUUUAUUUUAAUUGAAAAGUCUAAGUGGAAUGUUAAAUACUUCUUAGAGGGCUGUGAACUUGAAGACAUAAGUGACAAAAUAAGUAUUUAUCUUAAAUCUCUUGAGGCCAUCGCCGAGGACAAAAGUGCAAACGAGCAAAGGAAUUGCUUGCAAGAUAUAGAGCAGGACGUAAUGAAUACUUCAGCUGAAAGUAAGAAACUUUUAUCAAAAGUCGAAGAAAAGGAUAAAGAACCUUCCUUUACUGGAUUAUUAUUAAAACAAGUCCAAGAGUCUGAUGAUGAUUUCCAACCCACCAUUCCUAUCCGAACUCAAAAACGUAAAAAACAAUUAUCACUUUCAAAAAAGGUUGAUAAAGAAUUGUCUUCUUCAAGGAAGGUCAAAACUACCAGCAAGAAUGUUGUCGAUCCAUUCAUUGCAUCAUCUAGUAGAAGAGUUCGUGAUAAUUCUGAAGCCUCCUCCAACAGUUCAUAUAAAAACACUGAGCAAGAAGAACCAACCUCAAUUUCAAAGCUGAUAUGGAAUCCUUUCAUGAAGCAUAUUCGAGUAUGGAUUCAUAUCAAAUGUGGACAUAAUUAA